UUUCUAUGGUCUACCGGUGUGACAAAGGUUGAAUUGAAUAAUGCUUGAUAACACGGCUGGACCGCAGAAGCCCACCCACGGCUCGUGUCAAGAGGUUUGCCUCCCCCUCGCUGCAGAAGCCAGUAUGAGCUCGGGCAUCUUAUCUGCCCGUCACUUGACCGGACGGAGGGCCUUGAGAUGGCAGCCGACUUCACUCCUUGGUCGCGCUGAGCCGGUUUUGCCGUGCAGAAAGCUGGGCGGCUGGCCAGUCUAUGACAUCAGGCGCGAUGGGCGUCAAAGCGCGGUGGAGCGCUCGAUCGGUGCGAUUGGAAUUCGUCGAUGGUUGAUACUAUUCUUGCUAAGGUCUUAUUCAUCUGCCUGACAUCAAUCCCAGGCAUCCAGAGCCCCGAUCGGGAUGGCCGUGGCCUGUAUAACAUCAUUUCCCGGCUUCUGAGCGAGCAUCCCCCAUGCCGCCCCGGCCGUGAUUGGUGUUGUUCUGUUUCUCCAGAUACGACUCCACGGGGAUGCGCCCAAGCCUACUCAGAAAAACUGCGUCAUAAAGUUAUUUCUGUGAGCCUCGAUGCUACGAUGCCGUGGCAAGCUGGCACGGUUCUCGGGUAUAAAAGGCUCUGUGGGAUACAGCAGUGAGCCGUGGAACACUCGAACACUCCAUCCGUGAACCUACAACUCCUAUCUCCCUUUGUCUCCAAACAACAACCCUUUUCUGUCGACACCAAUCGUUUUUACCAACCUCUACUCUGUCACCAUGCCUAUUCCCGUCCCAAAGGCCGAUAGCCUCCAUGACCUCUUCAGCCUCAAGGGCAAGGUCGUCGUUGUGACUGGCGCUUCCGGUCCCCGAGGCAUGGGUAUCGAAGCUGCUCGCGGCUGUGCCGAGAUGGGCGCUGAUCUCGCCAUCACCUAUUCCUCCCGAAAGGAAGGCGGCGAGAAGAACGCAAAGGAGCUCCACGAGAAAUACGGUGUCAAAGUAAAGGCCUACAAGUGCAACGUUGCGGACUGGGAGGAGGUGUCCGCAUUCGUGAAGCAGGUUAUCACCGACUUUGGCAAGAUUGACGCCUUUAUCGCUAACGCGGGCCGCACCGCAGACGGAGGGGUGCUGGAGAGCUCUGUGGAAGACUGGAACAAGGUCGUGUUGACCGACCUUAACGGCACUUUCCACUGCGCCAAGGCCGUCGGGCAACACUUCAAGGAACGCGGCACCGGCAGCUUCGUCAUCACCGCCAGCAUGUCGGGUCAUAUUGCAAACUUCCCGCAAGAGCAGACGUCGUACAACGUCGCCAAGUCGGCAACCAUCCACAUGGCCCGCUCACUCGCCAACGAAUGGAGAGAUUUCGCCCGUGUCAACAGCAUCUCUCCCGGUUACAUUGACACGGGCCUUUCGGACUUUGUGCCCCAGGAUACUCAGAAUCUAUGGCUGUCCAUGAUUCCCAUGGGCCGCAACGGCCAGGCGAAGGAGUUGAAGGCGGCCUACGUCUACCUUUGCAGCGAUGCCAGCUCGUACAUGACUGGUAAUGACCUAUUGAUCGAUGGAGGAUAUUGUGUGCGGUAGAAUGGCAUUCGAGGGCGAUGAUGUAAAUAGCAAGGCGUUAAGGCGGAAACCAUCUAUCCAGUAACCCGUUCAUAAUGAAUAUUCAUCCAUAUAACAU